UUUUAAAACCAUUCUUUUACUUUAAUAUAGUGUAGUUUUGUAAAUAAAAUUACAAGUUAAAAAUAUAUAAAUAUUAUAAUUAUUGCAUGUUUUUAAUUCAUAUUCUCCUUGCAAUUCCCAAAAUGACUUUCUUUAUGUUAUUCAUAGGCGAUCCAAAGGGUUUUGUAACCUUUUUGGACCAACAUGAGUUGCCCAGAGGAUUGCUACCACGCUAUAGAGGGAACAGACUACAUAUACUUUUUCACACAUGCGGUAUUUUGAUCCAUCAUUAUGCCAUAUUGAAGAUAUUUCUGUGUUCUGGCUUGGCGUUAUGUGGAGGUCUGCGAAAUAGUUUGUUUCAAGACUUUACAUCUGAAAUAGGUAUCCGUGAGUUGUGUGUUUUAGCUUUAAUUGGAAACCUACUUUCUGGCCCUUGGAUGACAAAAUUUUAUAUUGCACCAGGUACAGGACUUGACUACAUAUCUGGCAUUCAGGUAGUAAAAGAUGUUAGGAACACUCUUAUUGAGAGCAGCAAGAAUCCCUUAUCUCUACUUAAACGAAAAACUGAUUUCUUUGGUAAUGAUAUUAAAGAUGUUGUUUUUGAUUCAAUAAUCAGCUUUUGCCCAGUAACUAAUGAAAUGAGUAAAGCAUUAGGUGACUGUCUUAAUGCUGUUAUUAGCGUCAUUGACAGGCAGUACAAGCGUCAGUUCGAAAUGAGUUCCAAUGAUCUUCUUAAAGACCAGACUAAGUCAGCUAGGCUUCACAACAUUGAUUCAGAAGAACUUAUGGGUAUGUUUAGCGCUGCAAAGCACAAAGCUCCUAAUGCUACUCUUUGUUUUCUUUCUUCGAAACUUCGUGCUUGCAAAAAUAAAACAACUGCUCUGCUUUGUAAAAAGCCAACUGAUAUUCAAAACAAGAUGAUAUUAUGGGCUAUCUCUAAUGCCAGGAAAAAUCGAUUUACAAGUAUGCAAUGUCAUAAUGAACUGAAGUUAGAACUGCUAAAACGAAUGGCAGAUAAAAUUCAGAAAAGGGAGGACAAAGACCGCAGAAAGGUAGAAAAAAUAUUGAAAAGUUGCAUGCCCGAUCAGGUAAAAGAAAUGUUUCCUGACCUAGAAAAUAACGAGGCCUCAGAUAUUGAAGAAAUUCUUAUUGGAGCUGCUAUUGGAAGAAGUAUUUGCCACAUGUGGUUCGAUAAUGCCAAUAACACCCAUGAGGUAUAUUACGGCAGAAUUGUUAGCAUUAAAAAGAAGAAUAAUGAUAUAUAUAUAGUUUCUUAUUGGAAACCAAAUGAAAAUGAAGAUGAUGACGGUGUUGAGUAUGAUAUGAGCAAAUAUCAACUUUCUGCAGACAUAAUAAGCGGUGAUAUGGUGAUAACAUAACAGAAUUGUGUAAUAAUAAGGUAGUCGGGUAGUUACCGACAUCCAACAACCAGGGUUGACCUGGUUGCAACGUGCUAUGGGAAACCAAUGCUCAUUUACUUUUUGACAUAAGCAAAUUGCUUGGCUUAUGACAAUUAAUGUUUAUCAUUGAUGUUUAUCAUUAUCAAUGAUGGCAAUGCAUUUUUCUAUCAAGUAUAACAGAGUUUCGCUUGCGUGGAUUGAGAGAUGUUAAACAGUAUUGAAGGGUCUGCUAUCGAUUUUUUUGUUUGGUAAUGGGAAGUUUGUUGUGUAUCAGGAGUUAAGUGAUUUUGAAUUUUUUAACUUAAUAAAUCAUUCUUAUAUUUACUAAUCUCUAAUGGGUUUUUUAGUUAUGGUGCUAAAUAUCUAAUGCAUUUUCAUUUAUUUUUUAUUGCAAGGUUUUAACAAUAAUGGCAAUUUGCUACUGUGGAUAUUUAUGUUAAAGACCUCAAGAUUAUAUUUAUUAAUUCAGUAAUUACAGUUAAAUGUUAAACAACAUGAUGAAAACUACAUGGUUGCUUCAGUGGAUGUUGAUCUUUUUCAUAUCAUGAUUAAACCAGUUAGAUCAUAUUUAUUUAGAGAUAUCAUUGGAUGUGGUUUCCUUUGCGUACUAAAAGAAUCGACUCUUUCUAUCUAUGGAUGUCACAGUUUUGUUUGCUUCAAAACUUUUAAAAUAGUUUUAGUUUUUGCGGUUUGUUGGAAUUUAUAUAUAAUUAGAUAUAUGGGGCUAUGGAAGGGAAAAGGAAGGGGAGCAGUGGUGGACAUCCCCCCACCCACCCCACCCA